GAGAGCGAUGACUGGAGAUGAGGAGGAAGAGAUUAGGGAGAAUAUUCGUUGAUGCAGUUGAAUUUUCUAAAGAAGAAGAAGAAAAAGAAGAACAGAACGUCAGAGAAGAAGAAAAAGAAGAGAGAAAAUUCUAAUUUUUUUUAAUGGUUUGGAUAAAACAAAAGUAGUUGAAAAAUAUAGUAUCUUUAGUUGUACUUUGAAGUUUGUUCAAUUCACAAUGGUGAUUGAAGUGGGUGCUUCAACAUCUAAGUUUCACACAAGGAAGAAAAAUUAAAAAGUUUUGAAAUUGUUAAUUUUAUUCCAAAUUAACUCAAUCAUAUUUUUAAAUGAAUUUAACCCUUUAAUUCACAUCAUUUAUUUAAUUUCUCAUGUCAUGUAAAUAUAUUUGAAAUCUAUAGAAAUUAUUAAAUACGUUAAACGAGAGCAAGCAAUGUCUGCAACAGGGUGUUCCAGUUUGCCGGAAACGGAGUCCUACCGGCAUCUCGUCAAGGAGGUGAGAAGUCACGAGGUUGCUAUAGCCGAGCUCAGUAACCUUCCUGAUUCUAGGGCUGUCUACCAGAGAAAUGGCAAUCUAUUCUUCCGUACAACUGUUGAGAAAGCAACAACGUCAGAACAAAAACAAGUGGACAUGGUCAAAUCUAAGUUACAAAUAUUAAGCUCCUAACGAGUCAACAAGUUCCAUUCAGUUUAAGAGGUUGGGAAGAGGUAAAGAGUGAAUCUCGAUUACUUGUUAGGUUAUAAGCAACUUUACAGACUAUAUACCUGUUGAAGUUGGUAUUACCAAAGUGUUUUUGACUUUAAAGUAUUGGUAUUACCAUAUUGUUAUUGCUAGAUUUGAUUAUUUUUAAUUUCAAUGUGCUACAUGAAAUUACAUACUUGUGUAAUUUUAUAAGUAGUCAGAUUUGCAAGUUUGGGUCCAUCAGACCCUAACUGUCCGCUUCUCGUUGUAUGUAUGCAAGUGAGAUUCGGAGAGUUGUUAUUGGAUUGAAGAGCACGUUAACAGAGAGGGUUAACUAUUUUGACUGAAGACUCAUUAUAUAAUCUGAAUUAAAUUUAAUGUUAUUGACAUAUUUACUA